UGACCUCCUGUCAUCAGGCAAACAGCCACUAGUUCAACUGUAGUCUCUUAAAAUAGAGUAUUGAUCCUGUAAAUGACUGUAUCAUCAUGAAAGAUCAAUAAUUAAUAAAUCAAAUGAUUGAUUUAAACCUCUCUCUGACAGAAAGUGCUGUUUUCAGGAGUUUGUGUAAAGUUGUCGCAGCUGCUAAAAGAUGACAGAUAAAUAUCAACAAAGACAGAGAUGUCAACUACAACUGUCAAAUUCAUGUGGUGGUAAAUUAUUCAGGGUCAGUUUAAUAACUUAUACAUGAACCAAAUCAAAGAGUAUUCUGAGGCUUAAUUCAGCUUUGUGCUGAUUUCUCUUUAUGAAAUUUUUGUUUUCAUAGAGAUGUCAGUUUAUAUUUAUGUAAAGGGUACAGUGAUGCACAGCGAAUAGCAGCUAUCAUCAGUUAUUACAGUAAACAAAAGGUAGUUUGAAGUUAAACUUCUUCAUCAGUUCAUCAAAGCUCAUUAGAAAGAUUUAGGGAAAAGCCUGUUCUAUUAAAAGGUUUUAAAUCAUAUAUUUCUGAAUCAUAUUACAAAUAUAUUUGAAGAGUUUUAGGUAUUUAAAUUGGAAAUUAGUGUUUAGUUUGUUUCUCUGUUUGUCAUCUGAUUAUAACCGAGAAAAUCAGCUCUACUGCUUCCACAGCAUCAGUUACACGGGUCAGCUGAGAUGAGAGAAAAACUUACCUAGGCAUCAAGCAAGUCCGAUGUUUCCUGUUCGUAUUAUGCUGUGGAGAUGGUGUGAGAUGAAGCAGUGAUGUUUGUGUGUCAUGGAAAAAUCUGCACUAAAUGCACCACAGACUCAAAUGUUCCCACAAACAAACAAACACUGUAGGUUACCACAGUGGUAAAGGAAACUGUGGGUGCCAAAUUAUGUGAACAACAUUGGUAAUGAGGUUGAGCACCUCAUUGGAGGAAUGCUGCUGUUUGUGUGUUGCAGCAAAACAUGUUUUCCUGUUUUAAUAAUCUACAAUAAAAUGAACAUCUGUGUAAUCUAACACCAUCUAAUACAAAAGCACUGCAAGGAAGUGACACUUAUGAUGUCAGAGAGCUGCUAGUUUCACUGAUAAUAUCAGUUCAUGUGCUGUUGACAAUAGUGGAGGAAGGACUGUGAUCUUUUUGUUGUGCAAAAUAAGCAAUACUACAGAGUAGAAGUACUUCACUGAUAAUACAAGCAGCUUAAAAGUAGCCUAAGUCAGCUCAGAGGAACUUCAGGUCAGGGCUAGAGACCGGUGUCACCUGUCAUGGAGCCCAGCAGAUGUGUGAUGGCACGGCGUGCAGAGUUUGAUGACUGGUCAAAGCAUUACUCAAAAUGAACACUGGGCUCCUCGAGGACUAUUCACCAAUAUUUGGGCACAUUUACAUAACACUAUGCACAUAACAACUAUUGCUGGUCAAGGUGGAGCUAAUUUUAACAAUGUACUGCUGAGUUCAACAGGUGAAGCUCCUGCCUCUCAACAAACAAAAUCUACCAGAGGGUCAAAGUUCACAUCAGAGAGAGUGGCCCUGAUGGUUCUCUGUGCUCUGAUGGCAACUGCUGCCAUUGUUAUUUAUGGUCUCUAUUUAGAUAACUUCCAAACUCUCCAAACACUUAGAGAUGAGAAUGAAGCUCUGAAAAGAAACCUCACAGAGAGACUCAGUGAAACAAAACCAUGCACCACAGUGCAGCCUGUGUCUUCAAAACCUCCUGAAGUAAAAGAGAGACUCAGUGAAACAAAACCAUGCAUCACGGUGCCCCCUGUUUGCCCAACACCUCCUGAAGUAAAAAUAAAUGAUUCAUGUCUGAAGUGUGAAACAGGCUGGGAGCAACAUGGAGGACAGUGUUAUUAUUUCUCCACCAGCCGUUCAUCCUGGGAAGAGAGCAGAAGCUUGUGCAAACGUCGAGGAGGAGACCUGGUUAAGAUAGACAGCAGAGAGGAGCAGAGUUUCCUGGAGUAUAGACUGAGAGAAAAAAUGGAGGCUGUUCAGGACAGGUUCUGGAUCGGACUGACAGACUCAAAGACAGAGGGUGAAUGGUUGUGGGUGGACGACUCACCACUGAACACAAGUCUGAGUUUUUGGAUGGUAAAACAGCCAGACAACUGGACAGUGGAUGAUCCUGAUGGAGAGAACUGUGUGAGGAUGGGGGUGAUAGGAGGAGCAAUAAAUCUGAAGUGCUGGUUUGAUAAAUCCUGCAAAGCAAAUCAGAAAUAUAUUUGUGAGAAACAAGCAGAGAACGGACACUGGUCAUGUGUCUGAAAUCCAAUUAAGCCUGAGUUUAACAAUCUGUGACAUGAUGCUGGUUUUGACCUUGUAAACAUUUAAAGAUCUCCUCCAGACAGAUAUUAAAAAUACUUUGAAUAAUAUUUUGUGUCUGAUUUGAAAAGAAUCAUUCAGCUUGUUAUUGAUCUUCUUCAGUUGUGCUACAGCUCACAUCUAAAAUAUUUUAUAAACUAAUUUCAACCAUAAACUUAUUUUCUUCUUAUUUCAUUUUUUUUUUUAUUUCAUUAUUUUGUGUUCUUUGUUUGAAGCUUUAAAACAUUAAAACUGUAGAUACAACUGAUCCAACAUCUACAGUUUAGAAAUACAACAGAAACUGUGUUUUAACAUCUUUGAUUCAUUUUCUGUUUAAUGAAAAUAAACAGUCCUGUCUAUUUGUAUUUGUUUGUAUUAAACUGAGCAGACAGAGUGCGACAAGUUUCACUUUUUCCUGCUGUAAAAUUUGUUGCAGUUCUCCACCAGUGAGAAAACUACAGAUGCUGAGUGAAUGAAAAGGUAAAAGAACAAAGAGAGAACAGAGAGAGAACAGAAAUGACAAUUAAAACCUUUAACUUGUAAGACACAAAGACACAAAAAGGGAAAAAGCUCAUGGUGGAAAUAGUUAAGACAUAAAAGGACCAGAAGGGGGCGAC